AUGGAUUACAUCAGUGAAUUAACAACACAAUUUGAAAUCGAUUCAUUGUCAGCCAAACAAGCUCUUAAAAUAUUAUUAAAGUUUUCAAUUAUGAAAACAUCAUUGAAAGAUAUUUUAUUUGUACUCAGCAAGUUAAUUUUUGAUACAACUGAAAUCAACGAUGCACGAGAGUUAUGCCUGGAAUUCAGCACAUAUUUUACACAGAUCAUUGAAGAAUUAGAACAAAGAAUACAUGAUAAAACUGAAAUGACUAUGACAAUGGAAGAACAAAACGAAAAUAACGAUGUUGGAGAAUCUGAAGACAAUCAUAAAACACUUAAAGAAACAGAUCAUAGCGGAGAAACAUCAUCAAUCACUAUUAAAUCCGCUUCAACAGCACUUGAAUAUUUAAAAUCUAUUGGUGCAUUUCCAAGUACGCAAUUAAUACUUUUGAAUAAAGAAAAAUUCACUGGACAAUUCUUAUCAUCAAUAUUACUGGCAUACAUUGAUCUUCAUAAUCAUAUUCAAUCAAAGUUAUACUUCGAAAGCGAUUCACUUGAUGAUUUACUUUCAUUCGAAUUUCAUCCAAACACAUUUAAACAACUGUUUGAUCUAAUAGAACGACUGAUGAUAAUACAAUCAUCAUCAAAUACAAGUCUAGUCUACAUAUUAGGUGUAUGUCUUCGAUUACUUACAACGCAUUUAUACUUUUUUAAAAUAUCAAAUAUUGAAAAUUGUCAUAUAUUUGAAAUAGAUGAAAAUUUUCAAAGGUAUUUUGCAUUAAUCUUAAAAUUAGCUUUGGAUUAUCAAUCAACAGCCAUAUGUAUAGAAGCGUCGAAAGCUUUGAUUUAUUUGAUUGAUAAACAAAUAUGA